UGGUUUCUUCGCGGAGGGGCGUGGCCCGCGGUUUUCAUUGGUCGGUGAGGCGGGAUGGAACCGGAAGUGGGCGUGGCCACGCGGCGGAAGCGGAAGCGCGGGGAGCGGCCAUGGAGGAGGCGGCGGGAGGGAGGGUGCUGUUGGCCCUGCCCGGGGCGGCUGUUCCCGGGUCCCUCCCCCCGCGGCCGGGAGAGCUCCGAGUGCGCCUGAGACCGCCCCAGGAACUGGUGCUGGAAUGGGAACCCCUGGAGGGGAACUGGGAACUCCCUGAGGAGACGGAGCCGCCCGAUCCCGGCUUUGAGCCCGACUGGGCCGUGCUGAGCCCCCCCCGGCCCCGCCCCGGCCGGGCCGGGGGUUUCUCGCUGGCGCUGCGGGAGCUGCGGGGGCUGCGCCGGGGCCCCCCCGGGCUGAGCCCCCCCGGGCUGAGCCCCCCGACUUUGGAGCUGCUGCCCCGGGGGGGGCCCCGACCCCCCCCCCUGCACCUCCCCCGGGGGGGGCUCCGAAAACUGCGGCGACUUUUGGGGUCACACCUGCGCCCGGACCCCCGGGACCGGCGGCUGCUGCUCGUGGUGACCCCCGAGGACCCCCCCGAGCCCCCCCUGGGGCCCGGCCUGGUCACCCGCCUCCUGCGGGGUCCCUGCGCCGCCACCCUCGGGGGGCUCGGCCGCCUCCUGCGGGGGGCGGGGCCCGAGGGGGCGGGGCCGGAACCGCCCUUCGAGGUGCUCGGCGAGGUGCCGUUGGAGCCCCGCCCCUCCCCCGCUCGGGGGCCGCCAUUGGCUGUCGCCGAUUGGGGGCGGGGCCUGGACCCGGAAGUGCUGCGGGAGCGAAUCUUCAGAGGGGGCGUGGUCCCCGAGCUCCGGCCCCGGGCCUGGCCCUUCCUGCUGGGGCUGCGGAAUUUGGGGGACCCCGGGGGGACCCCCGAGAGCCCCGAGGGGACCCCGGACCCCGCCCGGGCCCGCAGGGACGAUUAUUUCCGGAUGAAGCUCCAGUGGCGCUCGCUGAGCCCGGGGCAGCUGCGGAGGAACAAAAUCCUCAGGGGGUACCUGGAACGGAUCGAUCGGGACCUGGCCGGGGAUCCGUCGGCGCCGCGGCUGCGGGAACUGCUCCGGACAUUCUGCAUGUUCCACUUCGACCUCGGGUACGUGAGGGGGAUGAACGAGCUCCUGGCCCCUCUCGCCGCCGUCUGCGCCGACGAGGCCGAAGCGUUUUGGGCCUUUUGCGCCGUCAUGGAGAUGGUGGGUGAGAAUUUCGGGCCGGGCCCGGAGGGGCUGCGCAGGAAUUUGGGGCUUUUGGGGGCGCUGCUGGAGCAGCUGAACCCCGACCUCGUCCCGCUGCUGGCCCAGCGGUGGCCGCGCCGUUGCUGCUCUCGGUGGCUCCAGUUCCGUUUCCAGCGGCUGCUGGGACAGGAGGGGACAGAGCGGCUCUGGGAGGUGCUGUGGACGGGGCGACCGUGCCCCAAUUUCCAUCUCCUGGUCACCUGCGCCGCGCUGGAGCUGCUCAGGGACACCUUUGGGGACACCUUUGGGGACACCUUUGGGGACACCUUUGGGGACACUUUUGGGGACAGUGACAGCGACGAGGACACGGACAGCGAGGACAGCGACGGGGACCAGCUGUCCCCGGUGGUGGCAGUUCCGGAGCUGCUGCGUCGCGCUGAGGGACUCCUGCGGGUGGCGGCCACUCGGGCGCUGCCCCCGGACCUGCGGGAGCUGCUGGGACUGGGACAGACUGGGACGGACUGGGAGCAACUGGGACAAACUGGGACGGACCAGGAGCAACUGGGACAGACCGGGAGCCAAACUGGGACGGACUGGGAGCAACUGGGAGGGCCCCAACCCCCCCCAGAGCCGCCCCCGGGCACCGCCUGAGCCAAACUGGGACGGACUGGGAUGAACUGGGAGGGACUGGGAGGGACUGGGAGGG